AUGAGCGCGUGGCGCGUGCACGCGUACGGGCGCGGCGAGCUGCGCCUGGAGGCGGCGCGCGUGCCGGCGCUGCGCACGCCCGCCGACGUGCUGGUGCGCGUGCGCGCCGCCUCGCUCAACCCGCUCGACGUCGCCAUGAUGGAUGGUUACGGUGCCCGCAUUUUUAAUACUCUCCGAAAGCUGGAGGGUAGCGAUGUAGAAUUUCCUCUCGUGCUGGGUCGCGACUUCGUCGGGGAGGUGGAGAUCGCCGGUGCGCACUCCCGGCUGCGGCGCGGGGAUCGCGUGUGGGGAGUCGUGCCGCCGCACCGGCAGGGCGCGCACGCCGAGUACGUGCUCGUCCGGGACAGCUCGGCUGGGCCGGCGCCGCGCGCCCUGAGCGACCUGCAGGCCGGCGGCGCGCUGUACGCGGCGCUGACGGCGUGCUCGGCGCUGCGCGUGGCGGGGCUGCCGCCCGGCGCGCCGCCGCGCCGCCGCGCGCCGCGCGUGCUGCUGCUCGGGCUCGGCGGCGUCGGCCACGCGGCGCUGCAGCUGCUCGUGUACAGCGGCGCGCAGGUCGUCGUGGGGUGCUCCGACGACCUUCGCGAAACUGCGACUUCGCUGGGUGCGGUGGCCGCACUGGACAGAAAUGCAUCCGACUACGACCGCCUCCUCGAGGAAUCCGGCCCGUACGAGGUGAUCCUGGACUGCGCGGGGCUGGGCGGCGCCGAGGCGGGCGCGCGGCGCUGGCGCUUCUCGCGCUACGUGACGCUGAGCUCGCCGCUGCUGCGCGAGGCGGACGCGCGCGGCGUGCUGGCGGGCGCGGCGCGCGCGGCUGCCGAGCUGGCGCUGCAGAGCGCGCGCGCCGCGCCCGCCGCGCCCGCCGCGUGCCUGCCGCACGUGCGCUGGGCCUACUUCCUUCCGCUGGCCGACGACAUCGAGUUGCUGCGACGACUCGCCGAAAAUCAAAAGUUCUCGGUGCAGGUGGAGCGCGCGUACGCGUGGCGCGAGGCGGCGGCGGCGUUCGAGCGCGCGCGGGAGGGGCGCGCGCGCGGCAAGCUGCUGCUGGACUGGCGCCGGGGGGAGGGGGCAAUAAAUGAUCUGUUGUACAUGCGUGUUUCAUUUGAGACCUAAUGCGGUAGUUACAUCCAUAAACCAGUGAUGUGACCAUUGCGCUAUCCCUUCGUAAAAACCUA